ACUCCGAGUCCCGAGUCCCGACAGUUCUGUUUCUCUCUCUUAUUCUCUUGUCGAAGAAAAAAAAUUCUUUCUUCUUCAAUCUCCACCGUUUAUCCCCGACGUUCCUGAGUUUUGCUCAAACAAAGAAUUGCAGCUUCAGUUCCUCGUUGACGCAGCAGUAGUUUGGAUUAGGGAUUCAAAUCCAAUCGAAAGGAGAGUACAUUCUUGUCUUGAUUUCCAAUGGAGGAAACUCUUAAUCUUUCAGAUCUUUUGCUUAAGGUCAACUCUUAAUUUGUUUCUUCUUGAGGUUAGGGUUUCCGAUUUGAUUGAUGGAGAGAGGUUAAACGUCAAAGGAUAAGAAGGUCUUCAUCGGGAAAACGAAGAAACGAACACAAUGCUGGAUCGGUGCCUUGGAGCUCGUCGUGUUAGACAAAUCCAGCGAGCUCUUCGGCAUGGUAAGAUCACCCUUCUUUGCCUGUUCCUAACCGUUCUUGUUCUUCGCGGUUACUUGGGAGCUGGCAAAUUUGGAACUCCGGAGCAGGAUUUUAAGGAGAUUAAGGAUCAUCUUUACUUCCGCAAACGUGCAGAGCCUCACCGUGUUCUUGAAGAAGCUCAGACUACGACUACGGAGACGACGACGGAAAACAAGAACUACAAUACCUUUGAUCCGACCAAGAUAGCCGUCGACGAGGAAGGAGACGAUGAAAAGCCUGAUCCCAGUAAACCGUAUAGUCUUGGCCCCAAGAUAUCUGAUUGGGACGAGCAGCGAACGAAAUGGCUUGCGAAUAACCCUGGUUUCCCCAAUUUCAUUGCUCCCAACAAGCCUAAGGUUCUGCUCGUUACAGGUUCCUCGCCGAAACCAUGUGAGAAUCCGGUCGGUGAUCAUUAUCUCCUGAAAUCGAUCAAGAACAAGAUUGAUUACUGCCGUCUCCAUGGAAUCGAGAUCUUUUACAAUAUGGCGCUUCUUGAUGCUGAAAUGGCGGGUUUCUGGGCGAAGCUUCCAUUGAUUCGUAAGCUCUUGUUGUCUCAUCCGGAGAUCGAAUUUCUGUGGUGGAUGGAUAGUGACGCCAUGUUUACCGAUAUGGCAUUCGAGGUUCCAUGGGAACGAUACAAAGAUCAUAACUUUGUGAUGCACGGUUGGAAUGAGAUGGUCUACGACGAAAAGAAUUGGAUUGGGCUGAACACGGGAAGUUUCCUGCUUAGGAACUGUCAGUGGUCGCUUGACAUGCUUGACGCUUGGUCUCCCAUGGGACCAAAAGGGAAGAUCAGAGAUGAUGCUGGAAAGAUCCUCACGAGGGAGCUCAAGGGUCGACCGGUUUUCGAGGCUGACGAUCAAUCCGCCAUGGUUUACCUCCUCGGCACGCAGAGGGAUAAGUGGGGCGACAAGGUUUACCUCGAGAGUGCUUAUUACUUGCAUGGAUAUUGGGGAAUUUUAGUUGAUAGAUAUGAGGAGAUGAUACAGAACUACCACCCAGGCCUGGGCGACCAUCGUUGGCCACUGGUUACUCACUUUGUGGGUUGCAAGCCAUGUGGGAAAUUUGGGGAUUACUCUGUCGAGAGGUGCCUGAAGCAGAUGGAUCGAGCUUUCAAUUUUGGGGACAAUCAGAUUCUGCAGAUUUAUGGGUUCACUCAUAAAUCGCUGGCUAGCCGGAGAGUGAAGAGGAUUCGAAACGACACGAGCAAUCCUCUGGAGGUCAAGGAUGAUCUUGGUUUGCUUCAUCCAUCGUUCAAAGCUGUCAAGGUAUCCUCUUCCUCCUGGAGUGUCCUGACUACUGUCCAAUGAACGCCAUUUUUGUUCAGAUUACAGAUUAGAAUGAGAAAUCCUAUACCUUGUCAAGCCCAUUUUGUUCGUUGUUAGAAGAAAAGAAAAAAAAAAUCAAAAAACAGAAGAAGACAAAGGUCAUGUACUUCAUUACACGUUCAUGUUUUGGAGGCUGUUGCUUAUUCAUCUUUGCUGGUGGUUCUUGAGAUUAAUCUUAUUUGAUACAAAUUUUCCAUCUUUUAACCAACAGCCAAUUUCAUGGUCGCUAA